AUGGAGAAGUUUGUAAGUCAUCUAAGUAAAUUGCAUAUUAACAUUCCAUUUUUAAAUGCAAUUGUGCAGAUGCCAGGUUAUGCAAAGUGUUUGAGGCAAAGCUUGAUGAAUAAGAAAAAUCUGGCGGGGGUGACAACUACAGUGCUUGAGGAUUUUUGUUCAGCAGCAGUGACAGGUAAGUUGCCCGAAAAACGCGGGGAUCCAAGUAGUUUUACCAUACCUUGUAAGAUUGGUAAUUUAUCUGUGAAAAGAGCCUUAAACGAUUCAGGAGCAAGUAUUAAUCUAAUGCCUUCAUCGAUAUAUUCUAAACUAAAUUUAGGAGAACCGAAACCGAUUAAAAUGAAAAUCCAUUUGGCCGAUAAAUCUGAAAUUAGACCAAUGGGAAUUCUAGAAGAUGUGUUAAUUAAGGUGGGCGGUUUGGUUUUUCCUGUCGAUUUUGUGAUUAUUGAAGCAGAUGAAGCAUUAUAUGUGCCUCUUAUCUUAGGGAGACCAUUCCUUGCCAUGGCUGAUGCUAAACUUGAGGUCGGUCAUGGAAAACUUUCUUUGAGAGCAAGAAAUGAGUCGGUGACAUUUACAAACACUUGUUCUGUAUCUUUUCCUAAUGUUGCUAACUCAGUUGAAACUGCUUGUGUUAGUUCUUUGGAUUCGCAGAUUGAUGAAUGGCUAGAUAAAGAGCUUGAGAAAAAGAAGGUUGAGUUGAAGACAACAGCAGUGCCAGUUUCCAACCCAGCGGAUGGCCCGUGUGCUUAA